AUGAUUAGGUUCCACAAAAUUCUCUCCUACCUUCUCUUGAUCAAUGUUGGUCUAUUGAUAUUGUUGGGUAAUAAUGGAGAAUCAAGUGCAACUCACUUUCCCUCCACAACACUUGAAUCAAAUGGUGAUGUCAUGCUACUUGAAAAUGUUGAUCAAUUUAGAAAACAAGGCUCGAAAGUUUUGGCUGAUAAUAAUUAUUACAAAACAAAAGAAAUCCUAGGAGGUUAUUAUCGAAGUCGCCAUCAUUCAUUUCCACCUGGUAAAUUUGUUCGUAUUUUACAUGAUGUUCCAUCCGGUCCAAGUCCCAUUCAUAACCCUGAAACCCCCCCUCCACCUAAUUAUGUUUAA